GUUGGCGCUCGCUGACGCUGCUGUCAAAUGGCAACUGCCAACGCUCAAGAAGGAAACUCCUCCCUGUUGACAGCACGUUCUGUCGCCGCCUCAGCACAAUGGUCUCUUGGAUAAUCUCUAGACUUGUGGUGCUUAUAUUUGGUACAUUAUAUCCUGCAUACUACUCAUACAAAGCUGUCAAGUCAAAGGAUGUGAAGGAAUAUGUGAAAUGGAUGAUGUACUGGAUCAUAUUUGCCCUAUUCACCACCAUGGAAACCAUCACAGAUAUAUUUAUCUGUUGGGUUCCUUUCUAUUAUGAGCUGAAGAUUGCCUUUGUGGUAUGGUUACUGUCUCCCUACACAAAGGGGUCCAGCGUUCUAUACAGGAAGUUUGUUCACCCAACACUUUCUUCAAAAGAAAAGGACAUUGAUGACUAUCUCUGCCAAGCAAAGGACAAAAGCUAUGACACUCUGGUGACUUUUGGGAGGAAAGGUUUGAAUGUGGCAGCCACAGCUGCAGUACUGGCUGCUACAAAGAGCCAAGGAGUACUGUCAGAUAGACUGCGAAGUUUCAGCAUGCAGGACUUGUCCGCCUACCAGUCCGACCCAACUGAGAUGGACCCUGGAUCUGUCCACACCCAGUCUGCAGCUGGACAACAAAGGGCCAGGACGAUGAUGCGCAGCAAGUCAGAGAUCGGCUACACCAAGGGGCAGGACUUUGACAUGACUGAAUAUGAGGUGUUGAGCUUCGAUCAGUGUGACACCAAGGAACCACUGUCCCAUCCUAUUACGCCCCCCGAACCCAUGACUGAACCCACACCCCCUCUGACCAUCCAGUCCUCUCUACCCUCUCCACCUCCAUCCCCUGCUCCCCCAGCAACAGAGCAGACUGAGGACAUGAGGACAGGGGGGAAAACAUCCACAAGCUCCCCACAGCUCAGGUUGAUUAAGAGGAAGGUACCUGAGCCUCCUCCUAGAGCCUUAAGGCCUCUCACAAGAUUCAGGAGUGCCCAGCUGUCUUCAAACAGAGAGGCCAUGUGAUAUUCUGUGAAUGCUCCCAAGACUGCUUUAGCUGCGAGGGGACGAGGGUAAAUAAGGAAAUGUGGCCUAAAGCUAAAUGUAUAAAGCAGCCUUGUUUUAGAAUAAGGAAACCAAAGUGACUUGUGAAAGUCUAUACACCCCUUGCACAGUAUUCACAUUUUGCUGCCUUAACAUUUUAUCAAAAAAUUCUGGGGCUCUACAAAACUUACAAAACUAAUCUACAGUAACAAACCAUAAAUACAGCAACAAGUUACAUUGGUACUAUCCUAGCUGUUGGACAAUAAAACAUAAGAAAAAAUACUAUAUAAGUAAGUACAUAACAUCCCCUACCACGUUUAGGAUGGGCCGUAACUUCCCCUACCCAGUUUAGGAUGGGCCGUA